AGAUUGGGAACAUUAGUCUCAUUAAUCGGUUUCAAUCAAGCUGGCCAAAAUGUCCGGCCAAAUAACAAAAUCAUUACAAAAUACGUUACAUAAUGUAGUGUAUCGUUCUUAUUUGAACGUGCCAGCUUUGAAUAUUUCAGCGAAUAGGGCAGCUAACAAAAAUUUUCAUCACCGGAUACCUCAAAAUGUCUCACGAUAUUGCCAAGUAUUUUAUUCGGGCAUUUAUAAGGGAAGAGCGCUAUACCCCACCCACAUUUUAACGAAGAGAAGCUAUUCAACAGUAGGAAAAGACGAGAAUGAGAAGGGAGAUCCAUGGAAAACUAUGUGUCCUCUUAAUUUAACAGCUUGGUACUCUGUAAAAUUUCUAUUUAUCAUGGCGAUGCAUGACAAUUCAAUAAAAUAUCAUUUAGGACGUGAUUUUAUUCUUGGUAGUAUGGAAGCUUUUAAGUAUGUGUCUGAUUGUUUAAAUAGAAAGGAUUACGAAGGACUAUCAGAUGUUAUGACAAUAGAAUUGCAUGAAAGAUUACAGAAAGAAGAUAUGAAGUUACCACCACUUGACACCCCUGAUGUUGGUCUCAUUUCCUUGUACAACAUCAAAUGGAAAAUGGAUAAAGAGACAAAGAUUAAGACAUUAGAAGUUUUUGUAAGAUACAGCUUUCUAACCAAGCCAAUAACGAAAGGGCCAUUUUUGGCCCAAGCAAGAGAGGCUACCUCAAAAGGAACUAUAGGAGGAGCUGAACUGCACUUUGCACACUAUAACUUCUUUAAGAAUUAUGGAGACACUAUGAAAGAUACACCAUGGCUUCUGAAAGACUUGAGCUAUUUUCCUGCAAGUCAAAGAUUUUCAGUUACUUCUAGAUAAUAGUUUCGUUUUUGAAACAAUGAUUUGCAGUGGUCCUGAAUAUUGUUCCAAGUUCUUUGUACAGUUAAUGGCUGGAACAAAUUUGUGUAUUUUUUGCUCAUUUGAGCAAUAGAAGACUGACAGUAUUUUUAUCCACCUUUUAAAUUAUACAGGUGAGCGAUAUUGACCCUUUUGGGUCUCUUGUGAGAUAUAAGAAAGAAUACACUUAACUUUUUGUUUCUCCUUCUGUAUUGAUAGAAUAUAUUAAAUGCUUUGUAUAUAUAAGUUAAUAAAUAAAAACUGUAGAAUA